GUCAGCGGUAGUCGUGUCUCCUGAAGUCAGUCUCUCUGUCUGUCAGUCCGCCUCAGAGCUGCACUCCGGCUUUCCAACUACUGCUAGGAAAAAUGAGCGACAAAGGUCUGUCAGACGAGGCAGCGGCAGCAGCUUGUAAAGAUGGAGACCCAGUAACUAAGGAUUUCAUGAUGCAGCAGACCAUGCUGAGAGUUAAGGAUCCAGUUAAAUCUUUGGAUUUCUACACCAGAAUCCUUGGCAUGACGCUCCUGCAAAAGUUUGACUUCCCCUCCAUGCGUUUUUCUCUCUUCUUCUUGGGCUAUGAGGACAAGAAAGAGAUCCCUACAGAUGUGAAGGAGAAGACGGCCUGGACCUUUUCUAGAAGAGCCACCAUAGAGCUGACACAUAACUGGGGCUCUGAGUCUGAUGAGAGCCAGUCUUAUCACAAUGGAAACUCUGAUCCACGUGGCUUCGGCCAUAUUGGGAUUGCAGUUCCUGACGUCUAUGCAGCCUGCAAAUUGUUUGAGGAGCAGGGAGUCACAUUUGUCAAGAAGCCAGAUGACGGUAAAAUGAAAGGCUUGGCCUUCAUUCAGGACCCUGAUGGUUACUGGAUUGAGAUUCUGAGUCCUAACAACAUGGUUUCCAUCACCUCCUAAAGACUAACAACAUGCUACCUGCUGCAGUCUGUGAAGCCAGGCCUGCUGUGACUUCACUGGGAGAGAGGAAUGUUGGGGGUUUAGUGAUGAAUUUAGCAACAUAGAGUGGAAAGUUGAGGACAAACGGAGUGGGAUCACUUGUACGACAAUCAGUAUGCUGGCAUGGGCUGGACUAUUGGAAAGCUAAUGAGCAAACUGCUUAGAUCCAUGUGUCAUUGCUAUGAAUAGCAACUACUUUGUGUAGCUGUUGAUUUUUUCUGAAAGUGUUGCUAAAUCAAAGUGGUAUUACUAUGUAAUAAAUGUGAAAGCUACAGUUCA